UCUCUCUCUCACACACACACUCACACACACACUCACAAACUCUCCUCACACACACACACACACACACUCUCUCAUAAACUCUCACACACACACACUUACACACACACACUCACACAAACUCUCUCUCACACACAAACUCUCUCUCUCUCACACACACACACUCUCUCACUCACACACACACACUCUCUCAUAAACUCUCACACUCACACACACUUCACUUCUUAAAGCUUUCACUUUCUCAGGUCUAAUAGUUCAGCCCUGACUCAGUACUCUGAAGGGUACUGGAAAGUACUGAACAGUACUGAGGGAUUCUGAGUGUUCUGGAGAUUCUGGAGGUUCUGGAGGUUCUGGAGGUUCUGGUUCAGUUCUAAACUGAUGUAUCUACUACAGAACUGAAGCAGUAAUUUACUCACAGCUAUGGAGACUGAUCACACACCGCGCUCCUUCCAUAAACACCCCCCGGCCCUGCAGAGCUUCUACAGUCUUCUGCUGAUCGUCGUUCCUUUUGCUUGUGGAUUUAACCUGGAUACAGAACAUCCCAGAAUAUUCCCGUCUCCAAGAGACGGCCGAGCCUUUGGUCAUCAGGUGUGUCAGUUUGGACCCGAGUCUGGAGACAGGGUUCUGGUGACCGACCCGCAGCGGGGGAACGGGACCGGCGGGGUGUUCCGGUGUUCCUAUAGUAAUGGCCGGUGUGAGCCAAUCAGUGUUGACAUUGAGCCAGGCUCUGCAUUCGGUCUGGCUCUGGCCUGCAGUGACCGCCGGGCUGUGGUGUGUGGUCCUCACCUGGUGCAGAAGUGUGAGGGUUUUAACUACCUGAACGGGAUCUGUGCGGAGUUUAAUCCUGACCUGACCCUAUCUCAGACUAAACUCAGACCUGCAUUUCAAGAAUGUCAUGAGAUCCUGCCGGUGGAUGCAGUCAUCCUGUUUGACGACUCCAACAGUAUUAAAACAGAUGAUUUUAAUAUUAUGAUCAACUUCAUUAAAAACGUAAUCAGGGCUUUCAUUAAAGACCCGCGAUCCCAGGUUGCCGUGGCGAAGUACUCCACCGAGGCUUCUGCGGUUUUCCAAUUUGAGAAUUUUGCGUCAAACCGGGACGCAGAUAAACUGAUGGACAGAGUUACUCAUUCCAGGGGAAAUACAUACACCACCACCGCCAUACGCUUUGUACUAGAGAACAUGUUCCUGGAAGAGGUUGGGAUGAGGAACAGGUCUCAGAAGCUGCUGGUUGUGAUCACAGAUGGAAAAUCUAAUGAUGGAGGUCCACUCAGUGAUGUCAUCAGACAGGUGGAGAACCGAGGAAUCACCAGAUUUGCCAUAGGGGUGGGUAAUGAGUAUUCUCUUGACGAGCUGAGGCUCAUCGCUUCCUCUCCAGACUUCGUGUUUGAGACUGAAAGUUUUAGUGCUCUCGCCAAAAUCCUCAACCUGCUGACGCAGAGGAUCUUCGCUAUAGAAGGUACGAAUGUGGGGAACUCGAGCUCUAUCCAGUUGGAGUUAUCUCAGGGAGGAUUCAGCGUGGCUCUGUCUGAGGAGGUGAGUGUAUUCGGAGCGGUGGGGGCGUAUUCCUGGGCUGGGGGUUUGGAGGAGCAGCGCCCCCUGCUGAAUGCUUCCUUCAUCAAUGCCUCAACCCUGCAGGAGGACAUGGAGGGCUCGUACCUGGGUUACUCGGUUGCCGUGGCAACAGUGGAGGGCGCCGUGGUGUACUUCACUGGAGCUCCCAGACACAAACACACGGGUACGGUGUUGGGUUUCAGUCGUAACCCAGGCAACGAGGACUGGGUGGUCACUCACCGAGUCAACGGCUCUCAGUUGGGGUCGUAUUUUGGGGCGGAGCUCUGUGUGUUGGACGGGUUAUUGGCUGUUGGGGCUCCACUGUUUCACGCUGCUGGAGUCGGAGGAGAAGUCACAAUAUACACUAUAACUGCUGAGUCUCUGAACAGGUACGGUGUCCUGCGGGGGGUGAUGGGCAGCAUGUUAGGACGCUUCGGUUCGGCGCUGGCCGCCGUACAGGACCUGAAUGGAGACGGUCGGUUGGAGCUGGGGGUGGGCGCUCCGCAGGAGGACAAGGGUAAAGGUGCGGUGUACCUGUUCCUGAGCCGACCGGGGGGCAUCCGGACCAAACAUAGCCAGCGAGUGGGCGGGGCUACAGUGGGCGGAGGUCUGCAGUAUUUUGGAGUAUCUCUGGACUCUGCAGGGGAUCUGAGUUCAGACGGACUUCCUGAUCUUACUGUAGGGUCUAAAGGAGCCGCUGUCGUGCUGAGGACACACCCUGUUACCUGUGUAAACGUGUCCAUCACUUUGGAUCCACCAGUCAUACCCCAGAACUACUUCCACUGCUCCGCCCCCUACACGCCCAGCACACCUGUUAACUUAGUCGUGUGUGUCGACAUGAAGGAUGUUUCCAGGGGAACCAUAAAAGGUUUGUUCAGUGCUGCUGUAUUGGUUACCAUGGAGCUGGAUUCUGGACCUAGGCCACGCCUCCUCUUCUCCCCCAAAUCCACUACUUCUGUCUGGAAUACGACCGUCAGCUCCGCCUCCGUCUGCAACACACACCCCCUCACCAUACCGAGAUGUAUAUCGGAUUAUCGGGAGGUUCCUCUGUGGGGGGAGCUGAUGGUGGAGGGGGAAAGUGUGGACGGGACCGGAGGACUGAAACCCGUUCAGAACCCGGACUGUACCAGUUCAUUCAGACACAUGGUGUUGCUGGAGAAGGUGUGUGGGGAGGAUCACGUCUGCGUGUCUGAUCUGAACGUUUCUUUCGGAUUCAGCAGGGAGAUGGUGGUGAAUGUAGAAGGGUUUGUGGUGAACGUGACAGUGGUGGUGGUGAAUAACGGAGAAGACGCCUCAGAUACGGAACUUCUCUUUCAUCAUCCCUCGCUCUUCUCCUUCACUCGUGUCACAGCGCUGGAGUCCAGUGGGAGCGUGAGGUGUGGAUCCAAUCAGACCAGUAUAAGGGGCGUGGCUCAGACCAGCUGCAGACUGGGAGUGUUUAGGCAGCGAGCGAAGGUUCUGCUGGACGUUUCCUUCCAGGUGUCUGAAGCCUCGUCUCUAAGCGACCGGCUGACCGUCAACGCCUCCGUUACAAGUAAAAAUGAAAAACCAGAAACUCUCCAUGACAACAGCGCCACGGUAUCUAUCCCCGUCAAACGACUUGUCAACAUCCAGCUGGAGAAUAAUGGCUCCAUCCAGUUUAUCAGAUAUGAUCUGAACACUCAGCUCAACCACACCUACAGGGUGGAGAAUAUGGGAGAGCUAUCUAUCCCGGUCCAUGUGACAUUUGUGUUGCCGUUGGAGACGAGCUCUGGGUUAUUAUGGGAUGUUUCUCAUCCUGUGAUAUACGGUGGGCAUGGCGUGGCGUGUAAACAGCCACUGAAGCUAAACAAGGAUGAGUCGCUUCACACCCAGCACUGUAACAACUUUAGCUGUCGCCUGAUUGGCUGCAGCAUCCAACAGUUAGCUGUCAACCAGUCUGUUAUUUUCCACUUCUCUGGGAACGUUAAAAGUCAGAGCAAGGUGAGCGGGCUGCAGGUGUCAGUAGAGAGCCGCGGUUUGGUGUCGUUUGAUGAGCAGCUUUACACUCAGUACCUGAACGAAGAAGCUCUGCAGCUGUCGAUAGUGACGGAGGUGGAUUCUCCGUCUCAGGCUCAGACGGUUCUGAUCGCCUGUCUCUCCAUCGUUUUUGGGUUGAUAGCGAUGGCUGUUCUCUUCUACCUGCUGUAUAAGGUUGGGUUCCUCAAGUCUAAGUCUGCUCAAAUUCCCGCUCAGCAGGGCGCUCUGGGGGCGGCGCCCCCUGGUGACGAAGACGUUUCCACCACACCGGCCGACUGCUGGACCACCGAGACCGGAACCAGUGACGGACCCGGCGAUGAAACCGGCGAGGCAGCAGCUGCCAGCGAAAGCACCACCUGACCCGCCUCCAACGGCCAAUCUGAACUCAGGAAACAUCACACUGGACCCGCCCACAGUCCGGUCUACACCAAUCUGAAGACUGGGUUAGGGUUGGGGGAACUGUAUCAUCACUUUGUGAGGUUCUAGAUAGGAGCACCAGGUCCACUUAAUGUUCGGGGAUUUGUGUUAACUGUGAAUUAAUGAAAAUAUGAAUUUUGUAAUAAAAAUUAAAUAAAUUAAUCUUUUUUAUCUUAUUUAUGUCUAAACUGAGGGUGUGCUGGGGGGCGUGGCCAGUUAAAAAUGUUCAUGUACAAUUGCGGAGCUUUAAAUUUUAUUAAUGUAAUGGUGUAAUUAAUGAAUGUAAUUUUUUGCAAUGAUUUCUUGUGUUUUGAACUUAAGGUGGUAAAAUAUUCUGCAAUCAAUAUUUUCCAAUCAAAAAUGUAUAUUUCAUAUUUCAGACAGAUUUGAAUUUAUGGAUUUUGGCACUUCAUUAGUUUAAAACAGAAAAAGCUCUUGUGUAGGAAUUACGUUUCCUUUUGUUUAUUUGUUUAUUGUUGUUAAUGUUUAUUUGACUGUAGACAAUUUAAACACAAAAUAUUAAAACAGAUAGAAACCUUAA